CAAGUGUCAGUUUCAUGUUUCACUCGACUGUAUAACUGUCCAGUAAAUACGAUUACAGUCUACUAUGAAGCAAUUAAAAACAUAUCGUCAAAGAAACAAAAACGAAGAGCCUGAAGAGAUGCAACGGUGUCCAUAUCUACAUGAGAUGAAAGAGCGCUUGCUCUCCCAGCCGACACCAACUGAUAGUUUAGACAUGGAACGACUCGACGGUGGUACUCCUGUUAAGGAGGCUAAUCUGCACAACGAUUAUCCAGCGCAUAUGAAUCCAGGUGUGAUACCCGAGCCCCCGGAAAUGCCGCCUGAUUCUUUGAUUGGCACCGUUGUCAAGCUGAACUCGGAUGGCUACGGUUCGCACACGUCGCCUGCGCAUGCGAGGCAGCCCCUAGUUCCACAGAAUUCGAAUAACCCACCCCUCUGCUUCACUCCUACGUAUUCCGGUCCAGCUAAUGGCAUGCUGCCAAAGAAUGCGAAAACGUCGCUUUUCAUCAUCAUGAGCUUCAUCUAUUCGAAGCUGCUCGUAGUGGUAUGCAUUGCUUAUGUAAUAAGCGAAGUGGUGACGCACAAACUGCCACUGUACUAUUACGAGGGAUUCUUCACGUAUCUUUACGGCAUGAGUAUCCUGUUUCUGCUGUACGUCUUCUGCUUCCUCCUUCAAGAGAGCGCUUGCUGUGCGAGAGGAACUGAUACGCCGCCGCCGCCACCGAGACCGCCCAAAUCUGGCUGGACUUCUAAGGAACCUAAGGAUAAGAACAAGGAUAAGAAAAAGGAUAAGAAAGAAAAGGACCAGAAGCAGGCGAAACAGACCAAAAAGGAACCUCCUCCUCCUCAGCAGGAUACGACUGAUGUUGAAGCUGGCGUAGCUCCUUCUCGUUCUGUCUGUCGGAAACGAAAGACUUCGCAAAAUGAUCACAGUCAUGGAAGCUUCUUCCUUAGAAUUGGUGCAAUAGCGUUUGGACUGGGUACUAUGGUAUACAACGGUUUGGAGUUUGGUGCGUUCUUUGAGGUGCCACCCACAUCACCCUGCUAUCAAAUAUUACAAGGUGUUAAUCCGGUUUUACAAAUGAUCUUCACCUUUAUGCAGAUGUACUUUAUCUUCAUGAACUCUCGAUUGAACAUCCAUCGCUUCAAAGUCAUCGCUCGCUUCGGUCUGAUGCACGUAGUCGCGACGAAUCUCUGCGUGUGGAUACGCACGCUGAUUCUAGAGAGUCUCAAGGAGAUCACUCAAUAUCACAAAAGAAUGGGCCAAGUUGAGGCGGGAAUUCUCGAGCAUCAAGCAGUCAAGCAGCACUCGAUGCGAAACGCAGGGGCCAUAUUGGGUACCGAGGCACGCAGCAACGUAGCACAACAAUUACGAGAAGCUCCUCUUACGGCCGCUUCGAGGUCAACGACCAUGCCGCCGACGAGCACAGUCGUGACAGUCGGCACUGCUCUGGGUCGCGUGAUGACAACGACGGCCAGAUCGAUCGCGGACGCUUUCACCUCACCGUCUACAACGCCGUCCACCUCGACUACCUGGACGACCCCUACGACGACAACACCGUCAACUACCACCUUCGCGUUGCCUAAUCUAACAACCACCACGGCGACAACUUUGUCGACUCUCUUGACCACGUUCACACCGUCGACCACCAGCACCACAACUACUACCACCACCACCGAGAGAAUCACCACUAUCCCGACUACAACGAGCACAAGUACCACCUCGACUACCACGCCGUCCACUACUACGUUCUGGUCGCAGAUUAUGGAGCUGAUGAACGCCCCGCAGACUGACAUAGAUAAUCAAGUACCGCAGAUCUUCGAUGUGAGCAACUUGACGAAUAACAGCGAGUAUUGGAGCCCGAACUUAGGUAUCUACGCGGAAGCUCUGACGGAGGAUGGUUCGGUGUCCAAUUCGUGUGGACGCGUCAAUAUUAUGGGAACUAUCGUGCAGGAUGCGGCACCAUAUCUAUUUCCGUUUAUAAUCGAGUACAGUUUGAUCGGAAGCAGUGAAGCAGCAGUGAUUUACGUCAUGUGGAAGCAUAUCGGCCGACAUCCGCGUUGGCCUCAUCUGGCAGAGGCUGAUCUUGAACGUCGUCUGGAGGCUAUGUUAUCUCGAAGAGCCGUCGCUCUUGCUCACGCAGGUCACACCCGAGUCGACUGCGUUGGAGCGAGCAAAGGUCUCUUCUUCGGUCUGCUUCUUCUGGUUGGCUCCCUGAUAUGCCUGAUACUGUUCUUCGUGCUGAUCCAUCAUCCGGAACUUGGAUUGCUCGCGAUUUAUCUCGCUGAUGUGUCUCACUGCGUCUUAAUGGCGUUAUCCAUCGUUGCCAUAAUCAUCGGCUUCAUCCGCGUGCAAAGCCUCAAGUUCAAGGCCGAAGAGCAGAGCGAUCUUAAUGACAUCCUCCUGCGCGUCUCCGCUUUCGGUCUCUUCAUCUAUGCCGUCUUCAGCGUGAUCGCCGGUUCCCUAGCGGCCUUUACGCACGAGCCGAAUCUGCUGGUGAUGGUGACGGGAUUGCUUUCGGUCGUUCAGGUAGUCCUUCAAAUGCUCUUCAUCGCCGAUGUAUCGCGUAGGCGAGUUCACCUGCCAGAACACGAUCGCAGCAAGCCCGGUCGGCAGGUGGUCACUUUCCUGUUGAUCUGCAACGUGACCAUGUGGGUGAUUUACACUUUCGAGACUCAGAAGGUCGUCAACAAUCCGGUGCAGCUUGAUUUCUACGGAUUCCUCGCUUGGGCCAUUGUGCAGAGGGUCACCCUGCCGCUGUGCAUCUUCCACAGGUUCCACAGCGCCGUGACGCUGGCCGAGAUCUGGAAAACUAGCUACAAGGCGCGUCUGGAGUAGACGAGCGAGGAGUCUCGUCAUAGUCAAUCGUCCGGAGUGGUCGUCGGUUGGAACGAAAGAGCGAGCAGAACAAGCAGGUCAGGAUGCUCGACGACCUCGAUCACGUACAUCGAUUUCGGGUCUCGAAAAAAAGAUUGAAGAGGAGAGAAACGGAAAGAUAGAAUGAAAGAUCGAUUGAGAAGAUCGACGGACGGAAAAACAUUGCAAAACUAACGGAUCAGCCGGAAUAAUCGAACAUAUACAGCGUGCCUGACACGCCCGUUGCAAGAAGAAGAAGAAAAAGAAGAAGAAGAAGAAGAAGAAAUCUUCGGAUGAUAUCCAAGUCGUUGAUAAUUGUUGACAGUUCCAAGAAUCCAAGUUGGAAGUUGAAGAUAUAUCUCGUUGAGAAACCCUUUAUCGACAACUGAAGAGACGCUUCAGUGAUACGAUCAAGGUCGAUCUGACAUCCUCGAAGAGGAGAGCUCUCGCGUUAAGUAGAGCCCAGAUAUGAUCGUGUUGAACCGCAAACCGUUUCUUUGUCUCCUGUUUUAUGUACGUUAUAUUUCUUCCUCUGUUUUCUCUUUUAUGUUCUUAGCAUUGGUCGGUAGAGACAACAGGGAGAAUGACGGAUCAGUGACCUGGACGAUCGACAAGUCUUGUCAAUCAGACAGGCUUUCACCGUGAUUUCGGCGUAAACGAAGCACAAAACAACAAAAAUGUUAGCGCAUACGCAUUUUCCUUCACCGCGUUUCUCACCUUACACGAUCUCUAUAUACUGCCACCAAAUUUUCUACUUUUAUAUGUAUAACGUUAUAUGUACCGUAUAUGUACCCUCGCCCCAUUGCGCAUUAUCAAGAGCAUUAUAGACAAUUCGGUUCACACUCGCGGGGAUUUAGAUUGUUCGAUAUUUCCCGAAAUUUCUCUUAUUUCAUUAAUUACGGAUAUGUCGGAUGUCGCUGUGAUAUACUUUUGUGGAAACUUGAGUCGGCGUUGGCGGCGAAUUUCCUUCUAUUCGCAUAUUAACGUACGUUUAACUAAAUACUUGAAUAUUUUUGUAAAUCAUCGAUAUUUAGUGGACGAGAUUAGCCUCUAAGUUUAUCGUGUUUGGUUUACGCUCUCCGAUGUACGUAUAUCUUACGAAACGAAUAAUUGAUUCGCUAUCAGAAUUCGACGUAUCAAACGAUUAGCUGACCGUCGAAGUAAACGGCUUCGUUUCCGCACUCUAUCAAAAUAAAAUUUCACAAUCGUGAAAAGAAACAGCGCGAACGGAGUUCUUAGACUAUUCAUCAAUGCGCACCACGAUGCGUGACACGGUCAUCGUAACCGAAACGAACGAGAUGGUUGUGGUUGUGCACUCUUCGCGGUCAAAGUCUAACGGAAGAAAUCUUAAAAGAGGCUCGACGUAGAACAGGGUAAUUUCGCGGCGUUGUUCGCUUAAGAAAAAAAAAAAAAAUGCAAGUUGAGCGAACGUUUCGGUCUCGCGGAAGAUCCUCUCGUUCUCGCGAAACUCUUCGCCUGAGACGCGAGCGCUCCCUCGCGUUCAAGAGCGCGCAAUUAUCGAGAGAUUUGUCCCUUCAAAAGGGACAUUUUCUUGCAUCCGCAAGAUCUCUGUCGUUAUUUCUCGUUGCGUGCCGCAGAGUACAAAAUUGCUUUUGAAAUUUUUCGAAUCCCCUUUUAUCGACACUUUUCGAUCAUUCGCGCGCCUCGAAUGAAUGCGCCAGCAUCGCGUACCCCCGUCGUAUCUUCCUCAUCGCGAUCAUUUGGUGAGAGUCUUCGGACACUUAAAAAUCAACAUUGAACGAAGAGCCAAGUGAGGAAGGAGACCUCGUGUUCGAAGUCAACACUAGCGAUUGUGUGUAGAGAGAGCAUUUUGUUUCAGACUCGCCGAGUACUCUGAAUGGCAUAUACUCGAGAAGUUAUCGCGAAACGUAAACGGAAGUUACGCUCUAUGAUGCAGAUUGUGUGACUAAAACGUACGUAAAAGCAGCGCGAAGGAAGUCAAUGAUGACUUUAGGUCAGAGAGGCUUACUUUUUGGCGACGAGCGAUUCGUACGUGUUUGUCCUUUCAACUUGAAUAUUCUGACGGACGGUACCACGUUUGAACGUCAAAGAUUUCCAUUGUGAAUGGCUUAAUUCUUUGAGGGGCGACGGUGCAGCUUGUGUACUUCACAGUAUAAUUGUAUUAGGUGUCGCGACGUUUGUGCGUUUCUAUGUUGGUGCGAUGUGGUUUAAUUUGUGAACUACAGUGCCUAAGUUCCGCUCUAGUACCGCUUGUCUCUUUCGGAGAUCCUAUACAAAAUACGCUGACUUUCUCGGCCCCUGAAAGAGUUAAGGGAGAGAGAACUUCGGGGGUACAGAAAAGAAAAAACGAAAAGAAGACUAUAAUCGGUACACGCGAAUAGAGGAGCUCGCACACCACUCACGAAAUAUAAGAGGUAAUUAUUCUCAUCAUUAUUGAUUAGUGUUUAAGCCUAUCUCGAAGAGAUAUCGAUCUUUCGCAUUUACUUCGCUAUUGAUAUCGUAUGUAGAUCGUUGAGAAAAUAACGUUCACCGUAUAGCGAUUAUACUUUGUGAAUUUCUUCACACAAUCCUUGUGAAAAUACUCCCUUUUCCCGUGAGCAGCAAAACGAGUGAAACACAUUAAGUUUUAUUUAAUAAAAUUUACGCUGAGACGCGUAAAUUUUAUUCGGAAAAACUUUCCCGCGCGAGAUGAAGGAAACAAUAAUACACGAGACACACUCGAAAUCCUGACGGAAAUCAUAAUUAUACACCAGUCGACGUCUUUAGCUUUCGAGUCUAAAUAUUUUAAUUAUUAGACAUAAUAUAAAUAAAAUAGGUAACGCGUUCGUGCGCGAACUAAGAGAAAUGUUGUUGCACCCACAAGCUUACUAAAACAGCCGUUAAGGAUCGAUUAAACAUAAUUAAUUAUAAUCCAAGGACGGUAUUAUUAAAAAGUAAACACGAUAUAAAUAUAUAUAGAUAUAAAUAUGAAUAUAAUAUAUUAUGAAGACUUGUACUAAUUCUGAUGUGCGCAACUGUAGUUGGAGUGUUGCGUGCGAUAUGUAAAUAAUAAUAAUAAUCACUCUUGUCAGUAAAUGAUUAUUCGAGACAGAAUGUCUAUGAAACGAAUGUCGUUUACAUUGCCAACACAAUGAUUGAAUUUUUAAUCUUUCAAUUGCAUUUUAUCUACAAAGUCACUCAAAGUAUGUAAGCUGAUUCUCCCAGAAUUCUGUGUAACAAAAAGUACGUAAUGUGCAUUUUAACGUAAACGAAAUAAAUCAGUACAAAGAUUACAACGUGUAUGGACUUUUGUAAAUCAAAAAAACAUGCGCGAUCUAUACAUUCGUCAUCAUAGAUUCGGUUAGAAAAGUGUAGGCAAGUCAGCUUUUACGUACGAUAACCUGUAAUGUUAAUUAAUGCUUAAUUAAUAUGUCAUUUUGAAAUCGUACUAUGUUGUCAUUAUGAAGACACAAACUCUGUGACAAAUUUUAAUUUUUCUCUUUCUUUUUUUUUGAGAAAAAACUGUGAACCUUUUCGUUUUGUCGACAUUCUGCAUGACACGUCACAGAAUCGAUAAAAUUGACAGCUCGAGCAUAGCGAGAGAUCUCAUUGCGAGCAUUAAAUUAAUUAACAAGGCACUGCCACACCGGACCAACAAAGUCGAAACGAAUAACAGAAGGGAUUCUGAGAGGGAAAGAGGAAAGACACGCGCAAAUGCAGAAAGAGAACCAAUAAUCCUUUAUCGAUUUCCCGUAAAGAGAAAAGCUAUAAAUGAAGAUAUAUAUGAAACUGAGACCCUUCCAUGUUAAACGAAUGUGAACGAGUGCGUAGUUCCAAUAUACGUAUGCGUGAUUGAAGAGUGAGAGAAGAAAGGAGAGAAAGAGAGAGAGAAAGAGAGAGAGAGAGAGAGAGAGAGAGAGUGCAUGAGCGAGCGAGCAAACGAGCGAUUGAGAGAAAGAAACAGAAGGAAGAAGAACGGAAGAAUACGUGAAACGUUUUUCUUCGGCAAACAACGUCUUUGUAUACUCUACCCGUGUGUAAGGACAAAAAAAACCACGAUUCUCUUGUAUAUGUACAUCAAUAUCUCGAUAGUAGCCGUAAGCCUAACUAGUGAGUCGCGGAUUUGCGAUGGAACCAGUUAAAUGAGUGCGAUGGAACCAGUUAAAUGAGUGCAAUUAAAAUUCGCCCGAUUUAAUUAAAAAGUACGAUUGUUCGUUUACUAUCUUGUUUAUUCGCGAAUCAUUUAUGCAAAUCUAUUGCACAAUCCAUUGCCGUUCUAUUUAUUCCAUAAAUUUGUAUUCACCUGUAAAUUACAUAUUUGAGGUAUAUAAUUAACAACAUUAUAAACCUGUUAAAGUAAAUCGUACGUGUGAUACCCGACUUUGUAUAAGCAAAUCGAAUUUUCUUUCAUAUAGCGAUUCAUCCCACUUACAUUCUCUAUUUAUUAAGACGAUAGCUACCGUUUACAGCAACUUCGUAUACUUGUGUAUCUUCACCAAGUCGCGAAUUCACGGGAAACAGAUGAAAGGACGGGAAUUUACAUAUGUGUGCGUACCGGAAGCAAAUCCGCGACGCAUUAUUAUUUAACAUAAUGUAGUGAGUUUUCGAUGUCUUCGAGUAUAAUUACAGUUUGUACACGUAUACACGCAGUUUUAAGCAACAGAAACAGAAAUACGCAUACACAUACACACACACACACACACGUAUACACAACACACACGCGCGCGCACAAGUGACAUCACUUAUGGAUUUACCAGAAACACAUCGAGGAGGAAGCGAGGACAAUGGAAGGCACAGAACGGAAGAAGAGUUAACGUUUCGUCGCAGCAGGCGAUAAUGACAGGCGGAACACAAAGAAAUAAAAUAAAAUAAAAUACAGUAAAAGUAUAAAUUACAUGUUGUGGUGUAAGCAGUUCUUCGAAUGUCGAGUAGCGACGAAUACGUCUGUAAAUUCAUAAAUUCGCUCAUUCAUCGAUUCCUAUUUUCAUUGUAUACCGUUAAAACCAGUUUCAUUGUAACCCGAGUUACAUCGGUACAUCGUUGCCGCAUCAUUUGUAACGAUACACGAUUAUAUUGGUUAAUAAAAGUUAUCUAGACGUAA